AUGGCGGCUGUCUAUCCACAUCGUAUAUGUAACCAGCAAGUUUUACCGACAAUCAUUCAAAGCAACGGCACUAGAAAUUGUAACUGUUCCCUUCCAUGUUUGUUCCGAGAUCCCUGCUCCUGUUGUAUGGAUACUGCGUUACUGUACCCAGUGGACUGCAUCAGUAACACAAGACGGGCAUUCUCCAAGGAUGGGAAAGAGAGGGAGCUGAAAAUCCAAGUUGUAGGAAUAUGUUAUGAAGAAAUACAUAGAUCAAGAAACAGUAGGGAACGAGAAAAUGUCAAGCAUUUGUGUGAAGGUGAGUUAGAUGAGUUCGACAUUCCUGUUUUGUCCAAUAACAUUACAUAUAAAAACAUCUUUUGUUUCCUUUGCAACACAAACUUUUUUAUUGUGAAUGGAUCUCUGUUAACGGAACCGUACAAGAUAGUGGAUAUUAAAAUAAAUUGUGAAGAGCAGUUCCUGUUUAAUUUCAUGAUGGGUUUUCAUCAAAUGUUUGCAUAUUCUAUACUAAACAAAUGUGACGUCAGAUAUGAAGCAGAUUUCUUGGUUACAUGUCAUGAUAAUGCAUCUGAGGCACUUGGAACAAUAUCAAAGUGCAAAGCAUCGGACAGUCAUUUCGAUCCUUUUGAAAAGUGGGCAUGUGAAAAUACAAGUCGCCAAUCGUUGAUGCCAGUAGGUAACUAUAAAAAUGAAUUUUGCCGACUGUGCAAUCCAUCUGAAAUCACAAAACUACCUACCUAUUUAAAAGAAUGUAAAGAAUCGGAUACCCGGAAUCUGAAGUCAAAGUCCACAGAAGAUGGAUGUUUUCCUGGUCGGAUUAUGGAAGAUGGAAUCUGCACACCAAUUAUUGUUUAUCCACGCAUGAUUCCUUAUGAUUUGCAUGUGUUAUGCAGUCUUAAAAUUUCAGCCUCAACAAAUGAUACAAAACGUAUCUUGUCCAAGAUUAAAUCGUCCGUAUUUGAAAUUUUGAAAAAUUCUACUUUCAAUAGUGACGGGGAGAUAAUAGGGUUUUAUAUUUUACCUCGUCAACCCGUACGUACGCAAAAUAGAAAUGGAUUUAUUUAUUCUGAGCUGCAAGUCUCUUUACAUUACGUGUUACUGCAUACCACACCCUUUAAUAGAAUGGAGGAAGAAAACAAACUAUUGAAAAUUCCCCAGAUGUUAAAAAUGAAUCAUACCACUGAUGCACCAAACAAGAUCUCGUUCUUAAUAAACGGGAUACGUUUCGCCAAUUUAAGCAAAACACUAACAUCGCCAAAUAUUAUGAUACUAAUAAAUGAGCAUGCUUCAUUUCUCAAAUAUUACAAGCAGAUGUUGCUACAUUUGUACAAUCCGUUGGCAUGUAAUGUUAUAGUUAGCGAAUUACUCACUUGUCGUCAUCGUUUUAUUGACAAGAUGAACUAUGUUGUCGACAAAAAACAUUACCGUAUCAUCAUCAAAAGCUCUAAUGAAGUAUUUUAUCUGGGUGAAUACAUCAUACACUUUGAUCAAAAGGUAAGUGUUUGUGCUAAUGUGCCCCUGAAGAUUUCUUUAGAAACGGGUUUGUCCGAGGCAUUGGGUAUACUGACAACAGUUUUAAAUGGCAUCAGUAUAUUGUUUUUGUUUGUCUUAUUCGCAAUCUACAUUUAUAUUCCCAAUUUGCGCACACUUCCAGGAAUGAAUAUGUUGAAUUUAACAUUUUGCCUUUUCUGCAUGCAGAUUACAUACACAAUAGCCAAUGCUUUGCAGAAGGCAACCUUUUACUGCAAGGUAACUGGUAUUUUGUUGCAUUACUUUUGGUUGUGUUUGUGUUGUUCCAUGUUUAUAUGUAGUUUGCACAUGUUUAGGAGUUUCAGGAACUUCAGUAGCAUAAGACAUGGUCAUGGGAACCAUUCUAACAAAAUUUUCCUUCGAUAUGCUAUAAUUUGCUAUACCGUUCCAUUUAUUAUGGUGCUCUUGAAUGUUGUUUUGUCUUACUACAUAAACGGUAGCGUUGGGUACGGUGUUAGAUUGUGUUUCGUUGACCACUAUAUACAAAAUAUUGUCACCUUCAUUGUUCCUCUUCUUUUGACAUGCAUUAACAACAUUGUCAUGUUCAUUUGUACCAUCCCUAACAUAAAUUUCAGCAGAGAUAUUAAGAAAUCCGAGGACAAUAGGUCCGAACUGCUUAUUUUCAUAAAACUCUUUUCUUUGACCGGAGGGGUCUGGAUACUGCAGGUCAUUGACAGUAUCUUGCAUAUUUCAUUUUUCUCUUUUGUUACGACCAUUCUGACAUCUUCUCAAGGAUUAUUUAUUUUCUUGAGUUUUGCUAUGUCACAACAAAUUCUUAAACAUUUGAAAGAAAUUAGACGUGGAUUUGGCAGGAAUGUGGGCGUACAAAGAAAGUGAAAAAUUAUUUGGGACAUCGAUUAUGAAUGAAGUAUCGCUGAGUGUAAAAUCUUAAACUAAUAAAUCAAUGUCUUUUUUACAACGUACAGUAUUAAAUCGGAGAGAGAUAGAGAGUGUUAACAUCCUUCACAUGUUAAGUUUAAGUAUGAAAUUUGUGGGAUCAAAAUAUCCAUCAAACACUCUCUACAAUAUUGUAGCAGGGAUCCAAAGGCAUACAAGAGAGGAGUGCAAUAGACCUGAGAUAAAUCUAUUCAGUGACAAUUCCUCAGUUUCCGUGGUACACUAGAUGAAGUGAUAAAUGAAAGAACAUCGGAAGGCAUGUGGGUAGUGAAGCACAGAAAGGAUUUACCAAAAAUUGACAAAAUUUAACUGUGGUAUAAGGGCAUAAUUUACAAAAGGACAGUAAAGGGGCUCCGCUAUGGUGUAUUUUUCUAUAAUUCUAAGGUCUUUGGAUUUCGCGGUCUUAGUGAGCAUAAACAACCCCAGGCUCAACAAUUUACUGUUAGCGAAGAUUUCAAUGAGUUCAUGUCAAAACCUGUUACAGGUGACUUAGAAGAUUGAAUGUUUACACCUAAAAAACAUUUCUUAAUUUAGAAGUCCCUAAAAUCCGAGAUGUACCGUGGACAUUUUCACUCAGUAUCUUGUAUGUGCACCAGAGGACCGUUUUAAUGACGACCACUCCCUCUUGGCAAAAACAAUAGUGCCAAAUUUUUGUCUCAGAUUAUUGGUGUAAAUAUCAUUGGUAAGUACAUGCAGUCAAUGUUUGACGAUGCUGGGAUUGACAAAAAGUGGGAAAUCACUUUGGAGGGGUUUAUUGUUGUUCCACUUUGUACAGAGCUGGAUUUGAGGAACAGGAGGUGACGGAACGUAGUGGACAUAGAAGUUGCGCAGUGCGAACUUACAAAAGAGCAUCUGAUGAACAAGAAAAGGAAAUUUCAAAUGUCCUGCAACCUCCUGCUCCUAAAUACCAGUGUUGUAUCGAAAGUGUAAGUAAUCCUGGCAAAACCACAUCAUCAACGUUGACUCCACGUACAAACAAGGGUGAAUCUGGCAAUGUUUUGAGGAUGACGAUUCUUUCCUGUAUUAACACCAUUGUUAUCAACAACGAUUGUAAAGAUAUCAUCUUGUCAAUUUAAAUACUGUAUAACUGGUUUUUAUCGACCUUCAAAAUUGGCGAUUUUUUUCUAAAUUUGGUUAUGUAAUAUUAGCGUGAUAUUUUUUGGGCAAUUCCAUGUGUUGAGAAAAAUAAAUGAAGUGCAUGUAAAUGUAGGAAAAAAACAGAAAUUUAUUCAAUAUUGCAUGUAAAUUCAGCUGGAAAUGCAAAUAUAGGGUGACAUUGGGUAGUUUUCCUGUCGUAUAUCAGCGGAACUGGCAAAACAUCUCCGAAGAGGGAUCCUGCAAAGGUGGCUAAAAUUGUAAUGAAAUGAGAUUGAUUACUGUUCGUUAUCUUCACCUUUCAUGCUAAUAAAUGUAUUGAUCUAUAAUUUGAUUUUGCAUUGAUUAAACAUGAACAGUUGCAUAAUGCCUGUGAUUGUUUUAGUAUUGUAGUUAUUUUGAUAGGGUAUCGAUAUGUUUAUUUGUUAGAUUAAAUUAAUUACCCCGUUAUUUUG